AUGGCAGCGGCUACGGAUGAGCUGAUUUUGCUUGAGCGAGUGUUUCUUCGCUUGGGUUCUGCAGAGACAGAUGAGCAGUUACAGGCAGCGGUAUGUAAAUUCUUGCCUCCUGUGUUGCUCAAGUUAUCUAGCAGCCAGGAAGGUGUCAGGAAGAAGGUGAUGGAGCUGCUGGUUCAUAUAAAUAAGAGAAUAAAAAGUAGGCCACAAGUACAGCUGCCUGUCGAGGCGUUGCUCCUGCAAUAUCAGGAUCCAUCUGCCAGUUCAUUUGUGAUUAAUUUUACAAUAAUAUACAUAAAGCUAGGGUACCCUCGAAUGGAAAUGAGCAAACAAGCGGAAUUAGUUCCGAGUGUAUUAAACGCCAUCGAAGGGAAACCGUUGUCUCAUCAAGACAGCCUGCUGCUGAUCAUAAUGCCAGCAUUGGGACAUAUCAAUAUACCAGCGGAUCCCGAGAAACGAGCGUCUCUCUUAGGACUGCAUGACAAACCUUACGUGGCGAAGCAGCUCCUAAAUUUUAUGCUCGACGUGUUGCUGUUGCCAUACGGAUCCAUAGGGCAAACGGAGAAUCAGCAAUCGGGUCAGUCUAUCGACUGGUCCCAGUUCACCGUGCCGCCGGGUUUAAGCGAAUACGCGUUCAAGAGAGUAAUAGGCGACAAUCCGCCAACGGCAGAGCAACUCGAGCAGACUAAACUGGGCAUUGUCAGGUUCCUUGCCGGCGGAUUUUUCCCCGAGCCGGAUAUUCUGGUACACCUGAUCGUGGCAGUUGCGGACACUAGAUUCAGCAUUACUACUCUGGCCGAUGUGGAAUUGAAGAAGAUAGUUGGCACGCUUGAUUGGUCAUCGAUGCAACUGGCAGCUCCGCUUUACACGUUAUUCCUGGGCACCGAUGCGUCCGGCAUGCAGAAGGAGGAGAAAUCCGAGGUGAAGCGGCUUCCGGCGAGCACUCGCAUCCGUCUCAAGCUCUUGCAUUACCUUUGUCGCGUGACUAAAGCCGGUUUUAUCAUAACGCCUUGCAUACAGGUUGUGUUUAAUUCACUUUACGGAAAAAAUACGAACGCAAAGUUGAAGUCAUUAGCGCUGCAGUUCACAUCCAAUAUUGUCCAACACUGCAAUCUUGUACCGUUGUCUCGAGUUGCCGCAGUAAUCUUGGACGGUAUGGUAAAACUGAUCUCCGAGGGCGAAGAUGCGCUUAAACCGAUGGCGUAUACCGUUAUUGGGCAACUAGGUCAAAGAAUACCGUCUCUGAUAAACAAGGAUUUGACUUUACUGCACAACUUGUUCGAUACGCUUGUGUCUACGGAUGGCGAGUUACGGCGGACCGUGAGGGACGCAUUGAUUUGUAUAACAUCCGCGUUCGUGCUAAACAGAGAGGACGAAAACAACAUAGCUCUAAUGAAUGCUCUCCUGUCGGUGCACAUUGAAUCGCCGGAAUCCAGCGUGAGAUUCGUGGCAAUGCACUAUGCCGCGACCGUGUUUCCGCCUGAUGACGCUCCAUCUCGGUAUCUCUUGUUAUUAGCGUGUGGUGACAAUAAACACGAGAUAAGUACGGAGGCUACGAAAGCGCUGUACGGCGUUGCGCACAAAAACGAGGAUGACCAACAGAUCGACAACAAGGUAUUGCUGCCCGAAUUUGCGAAGCUAGUAAGCUACGUUUAUUCGAAAAUGCAAUCGAGGAUACCCGCCGCGGCCAGCGGUCGUAAUACAGACAAAGACGUACUCCCGUACAGCGUUAAGACGUUUUCCGAGAUCAUUACCUACUUUCGCGUUUGCCUCGCCAGAAGCGCUAAUAUUCCCGCGCGUAAUGAACCACUGCAACAUCCGUCUGAAUAUACUCCCUUGAUUGGACGUUACUUGGAGAAUACUUACAAGAGCCAACCGGAGAUAUUAAAUAGCUACCUCAAUAUAAUUUUGCUCCUGUGUCAUUCCUCUGCAGAUCAAAUUUCCUUGAACGCGUUGCUGGAAGUACUCGGAUCCGUUCCGCACUACGUAACGAAAGAAUAUGAAAAGGAGUUGCCGUGGCUCCGCACCUUGCUCACUUCCACCAAGCUGGAUGUACGGCAGUUAGCCGCGAAGGCGUACGCCGCUAUCACUGGCUACUUCCCGAGGAGCGAGUUCGAGAAACACGUUUCUAGCGUCACGGACAUUAUGGGCAGGAAGAAUUUAGAAGCGCAACACGGCGCACUGGUGGCACUGACGUGCAUGAUGGAGAGGAACUUGACGCAACAACGGAACGGAAAUAAGGAGGAUUUGUACGAUUGGACGACUUAUCACGAUAUCGUGAAAACCAUAUGUACGUAUCUUCACGACAGUGCGACACUACUAAUGGACGCUGCCAUCCAAGCUAUCGGUCUCUUAGGAAAGACGUGCUCUCUGCCUGUACCUUCAGAAGGCGACAAUAAAUUCAACAAGAAAGCGAUAGUCGAAACACUCUUUUCUAUAUUGUCCAAUGUCAAGUUGAGCGUGAAGAUGAAGGAGAACGCUGCGCUCUCGUUGGGAUACUUGUGCGUCGGCGAGUCUUUCCCGCAUACCGCGGAUAUCGCGAAUAAAAUUCUAACAACGGUUAAAGAGACGAAGGACAUCGAGAUUCACUUAAUUUUGGGAGAAGCUUUGGUUUGUUGCGUUCAAGGGCAGGCCUCCCCGGAAGCGAGGGAUGCUUGGACGACUUUACCCGCUGAACACGUCGUUUCGUACACCAAGGAGAGCGAUGAAUUAUUAGUACACGUGUUGGGCGAACUAUUCAAAGUGUAUCAAGUGCCUCAUCCAAACUUGCGACAGGCAGUGUGCGUGUGGCUGUUCGCGCUUCUGAAGCACAACGUUCAACGAGAAUGCGUCAAGGCAAGGUUGGCCACGAUUCACCAUGCGUUCAUAGAUUUUCUUUCGGAUGAUAGCGAUAUGGUUCAAGACGUCGCCUCAAAGGGCCUUAGUGUGGUGCACAUUAACAGCAGGCAGGAAGAGCGUGAUGCUUUAGUGUCCAAUAUAUUGGAUCAGUUCACGCAGGGCCGCAGAACGGUGCAGCAAGUCACUGCUGACACCAAAUUGUUCGAGGAGGGACAACUGGGGAAGAGUCCAUCUGGAGGCAAUCUGUCGACGUACCGAGAGAUCUGCUCCCUCGCGACGGAACUGCAGAAGCCUGAGCUUGUGUAUUACUUCAUGCAUCUGGCAAAUAACAACGCGAUCUGGACGUCGAAGAAGGGUGCGGCGUUCGGUUUCGCCGCGAUCGCCGGGAUCGCGCGGGACGAGCUGAACAAGUAUCUGCCGAAUAUUAUACCGCGGUUGUACAGAUAUCAGUUCGACCCGACGCCGAGAAUCCAGCAGAGCAUGGCCAGCAUUUGGCGUGCCGUCGUUCCUUCCACGACGAAAGCCAUCGAACAGUAUCAUAAAGAAAUAUUGACUGAUGUAACUGAUAACCUAACGAAUAACGAAUGGAGGGUGCGUAUCGGUUGUUGUAAUGCUCUCGCAGAUCUUUUAAGGACAAACGUACAAUUCAAUUUCGCCGAAUGCGGCCCGGAACUGUGGAAGAAACUGUUCCGCGUGAUGGACGACAUUCACGAGGGCACGCGGCUAGCCGCGACCAACACCGCUAAGAUACUCAGCAAGGUUUGCAUACGUCACUGCGACUCGUCGCACGGCAACGCGGGAAGAGAAGUUAUCCAAGCGAUACUGCCGGUGCUGCUAGACAUCGGCAUCACCAACACCGUGGACACGGUGAGAGCUAUAUCGUUGCAGACGGUGUCGCAGCUCGUGUCCACGGCGGGUGUACUGUUGAAACCGUCGCUUGUUAACUUGAUACCGUCGUUACUCGAGACGAUAGGCGAAUCGGAGAAUCCCAAACUCUCAUACUUGAGUAACGUAUGCGGGGCGACUACCGAGACGCAGGAAGCUAUCGAUAAUAUUAGAGCUAACGUUGCCAAAGGUCAUUACGCUUCGGAUACGAUAACAAAGUGUAUCCAAUAUAUCGAUGCGGACGUAUUGAAAGCUUUAAUGCCGAAAGUGAUAGACUUGAUCAAAUGCAGCAUAGGAUUUGGCACGAAAAUUGCAUGCUCGCAUUUCGUAAUCCUUCUUAGCACGCAUCUGAAAGCAGAACUGCAGCCAUAUAGCGCUAAGAUUCUGUCUGCCUUACUUAAUGGUUUGUUGGAUCGCAAUGCCGCUGUGAGAAAGAAUAACGCGGUCACCAUUGGGCACAUAGUUGGCUCUGCUAAAGAUUCUAGUCUAGAGAAAUUAUUUAAUACUCUGAACACGUGGUAUCUGGAACGCGAAGAUGACGCAAUAAGAUUAGCAAUUGGGCAAGUUUUACAAUCUAUAAACAAUUAUAAUCAAGAAAAGUGGAAGAAUUAUAAGAAGAUAGUCAUUCCUCUAGCCUUCUUUGCAAUGCACGUGGAAAAGGUACCAGGGAAUGAAGCCACCGUCGAAUUAUGGACCGAUUUCUGGAACGAAAUAACGCCCGGCACCGAGGCGGGAAUUGUGCAAAAUCUGCAAGCGAUCACUGAUAUUUUGCACACUGCUCUCGAGUCCUCAUCAUGGACUACGAAAGUGCAAGCCGCGAACGCGGUUCAUACCAUUGCUUUAAAAUCGGGUGAUAGUAUCGAUAGGGAAGCCAGGAACACGCUAUUAAAAAUACUGACGGAUGGCUUGCGCGGCAGGACGUGGGAUGGAAAAGAACGUCUGUUGAACGCGCUCGCUAUGCUAGCCUGCAAUAGCAAGGAAGCUCUAAACGCGGACACUGCGCUGUUAGAUACGAUUGUGACAACGCUGUACAGAGAAAGUAAGAAAGAGAACGCGGAAUAUCGUCGAAACGCGUUGCAGGCGUUCGCCAUGGUCUUGCAUGAACUUGACAUUGAUAAAUUCACGGAAAUCUAUGCAAUUGUACAGGAAGUGUUGAUUAAAGUGUCGGACAAAAAUAAUGACGACGAGGAGAAUACCGUAGAAGAAAAUAGGAAGAGGAAAGAAAACAACGUGAGAUUGCAAGAAACGGUUUACGAAGUGCUGGGAAAAGCGUGGCCCUCCACCAAAGACACUCAAGACAAAUAUUGCAUAGAGUUCGUGACUCAUUGUCAAAAGGUGCUACCAAACAGUACGAGAUCCGUGCAGGUUGCCAUUCUGACGGCAUUGAAUCUCUUCGUGGAUAGACUCGUCUUGCUACAACUGAGCAAAGCGGAAACAUCUCCGAAGGACAAGAAAUUGUUAGGCGAAAUAUGUGAUAGCCUCAAUAAGAUAUUAUCGUAUUGUAUAAAUAUCUCAAAGUUCACGAGAAUUAGGAAAGAAGCACUGAACAUCGUUCUCUCGUUAACGAGAAAGAUGCGCGAGACGAACAAUGACGAGCAGCUCGAUAAGAUAACGCGCUUGCUGAAGGAACUCCUGCCCGACUUGGCGAAGGAUAAUCAACCGGAAAUACGCACCAGAGUUGUCGACAUUAAAGAGAUGCUUAAAAUUUAACCAUCCGUGUCAAGUAGCCACGUGAUAUCGAUUCUACCGAUAUCUUUUGCACGUGCCAGAAUAAUAAUUGUGUACUAUUCUUAGUACUGCCGAUCUCGAUCAGCGAUCAUAAUGAAAACUAUCGUAGCUACGAUUACAUGUUUAUUUAAUAAUAUGUUAAUGUAGAUGUGCCUAAUAUAGUCCUCCAUUGCUUAAUACGAUGUACUUAUGAGGUACUUUGUUCAAAAAAAUUCUUCAGUAUGCUCUGUAUGGUAUCUCAGCAAUGGAUGGAGAUGGUGAAAGAAAUUUUCUAAUUUGUUUCUCCAUAAGUGUCAUUUGUUAUAAUCACGUUAUGAUUGUAUUAAGAAAGGAUUACGGAAGGAAUUCACAAUAAUAAUAAUAAUGAUUGUAUC